AUGCACAAAGGCUCCAAGAAGUACUUCGGGCAGAAGUCCUUCAGCGAGGUGGCCAUGGACGAGUACCUGGGCAGCCUGGGGCUGUACCGCAAGAUGACGGCCAAGGACGCCUCCUGCCUCUUCCGAGCCGUGUCGGAGCAGCUGUUCACAUCUCAAAUUCAUCACGCAGAAGUUAGGAAAGCUUGCGUCUCGUUUAUGAGGCAGCACCAAUCGAGGUUUGAAUCCUAUGUGGAAGGCUCGUUUGAGAAAUAUCUAGAACGACUUGGAGAUCCAAAGGAAAGUGCUGGCCAGCUGGAAAUAAGUGCUUUAUCAAUGAUGUACAAGCGAGACUUCAUUGUGUACCGGUACCCCGGGAAGCCACCCACACGUGCUACAGACAAUGGCUUUGAAGACAAGAUUUUACUGUGUUGUUCCGGUAACGGCCAUUAUGACUCUGUGUAUACAAAACAAUUUCAGGAAAAUGCUGCCAUUUGCCAGGCUGUAUUAUAUGAGAUCCUCUACAAAGAUGUGUUUGGCAUGGAUGAGGAAGAAUUAAGGUCUGCAGUUGAGGUGUUUCGAAGUGGAUCCAAGAAGAACAGAAAUAGUGCUCCUGUAGGAAGCGAGGAUGCAAACUUUGGUUGUCUCCAUGAAAAAGUGCCCAGAAAUCCAUCAGAAAAGAGACUGGGCGACUGGGAAGGCAACGAUACUGACAAUCCACAGGAAACCAAGUUCAAACAAGGCAUUGAAGAGCAAAAGCCUCCAGAAAAUCCUCCAAAGAUGCCUGUUCCUUAUAAAGUGCUAAAGGCACUGGACUCUACCAUCUAUCGAAAUGUGGAGUUUGAUGUUUGGCUGGACAGUAGAAAAGAGCUUCAAAAAACUGACUACAUGGUGUUUGCUGGGAGACAGUACUAUUUAGGAGAUAAGUGUCAGGUGCGUCUGGAAUCAGGAGAGAAGUAUUACAAUGCUCACAUCCAGGAAGUUGGACAGGAUAGCAACACAUUGACUGUAUUUGUUGAGGAGCUGGCAGAAAAGCACACAGUUCCUUUGGCAAACUUAAAGCCAGUGUCGCAAGUGGCUCCUGUCCUUGCUUGGAGUAUGGCUCACAACAGAAGAGGAGGAGCUUAUCAGAAAUUAACAGGUGGACACUUCUCAGGAAUAGAAAUGGAUAUAAAAACACGGAAGAGGAUGCUCAAGAAAGUCCGUGGGAAGGAAGUGUUCAUGGCUGUGACUUACAGCAGGGGACAGCCGGUGCUGCCACCCCGGCUGCAGCAUGGUGCUCCCUCGGGGCGCUUCCCUCCCAUCCACUGCUCCCAGGGAGGGGCAGGCAUGGCACCCUACAAACCCUACCACCAGCAGAACCCUCCCAGGCAGCACCGGGACUCCGGGAUGCCGAGCUCGUACAGCCGCAGCCGCCGCCCGCUGCCCUGUGUGAACAAGGAGUGCCAGUACGGCUUCGUGGCAGGGGCUGCAGAGGAGCCCCAGGGCCCAGAAGAAACUGUAACCCUCUGUGAAAUUGAAGCAGAUGACACUGCUUUUCCUGCUCUGCCUGUGAGUUAUGAACCAAGGAGCAACCAUAGCCCUGCUCCCAUUGUCCAUGGUCCAGGAGCAUUUUGGGUAGCAAGAAGUCCAAACCCUGUUCCAUCUAACAAGCAGACCCUGAGUGCCGAAGAGGAAGAAGCAAGUGAAAAUGGGAAAUUUCAUGAGGAAUAUAUUUAUGUGCCUUCAGAUCCCAGCUGUGAAACUGCAACAGUGUUUAGUUCAGCAGAACCUACAGCAAACUUGGAGGAAGGGCCAGUCCCGGUGUCACAUCAAGAUGAAGUGACUUCCUACAGCUAUCCCCAGAAGGUGUUGGUGAACUCUGCAACAGUUUCCACCUCCACAGAUGUUUACACUGCUCCAGCUACAGGUCUCUCUUCAAAUUCUGCUGCCUCCACUCCAGCCAGUGUCAUAACAGCGCCUCCCCCACAAACAGCAGUGCAGCCUGUCAUAGUAUCUCCCUUUUCUGUGGGGAGGCCAGCAGUUUCUUCAGUGCCAUUCCCAAUCUAUCCAGCUCCUCUUCCCCCUGUGAGUGAGGUGGGAGAAGCCAGUGCUGUUCUUCCAGCUUACUCUUGUGAUCCCAGCGGCAGUGAUUUACCUCGAGAUACAAAGGUCUUGCGGUAUUAUUUUAAUAUGGGAUUGCAAUAUUGCCAUCAGAGCUGCUGGCCUUCCAUGAUGUACGUGCAGCCAGUGCUGCCUCCAUCUCCAGUGGAAGUUUACCCAGCAUAUGCUGAGCCAGCUCCUGUCCUGGAUCAGUCAGUGCCUCAGCUCUUCCCUGAUGCUGGGCAAGCUGAGGUCCACCAGGUUCCCUUGGAGGCAUCAGCGAAUGGUAACUUCCAAAACACAGAGCCUCCACCCCUGUCCUAUGGGCCGGUGUAUUACCCAGUGGUGUCAGACCCCUUCAGCCAGCAGCCUCUGCCUGGCUUUGACUCUGUGGUUCCUGCCUACCGCUACAUUGGGACCUGGCAUCCAGUAAAUCCUCCCCAUGGAAACUCCCCACCUGUGGCUAAGGCUGGGAGCUCAGGAGCACCGCCCCAGGUGGGCUACAUAGCCUCCCCUAACCCUGCACCUCCUGAUGCACCUCAGGGAAUGUAAAUCUGGGAGCUGGAGGCUCCUUCUUGGCUUCUCAUUUCUUGUUUGCCAGCUCUUGUUAGUACUGUUCUGUGUUAUCCUCUCUCGGAGAGUUGAGUCAGUUGCUCA